CACCGAGUCUCACUUAUGCUGCAAAAGUCAAAACUGAAAAAUCAUUCUAAAACGUUUCCCAAUUAAUUUCCAGAAAAAAAGGGGAAAAAAAAUAUAAAUCUCAAUGCCACCGCCGAAGAAGCCUUCUCGGGGAUUCUCCUUCUUCGGCCUUACCGCCGGCGCCGGAAGAGUCGGUGCCGGUGGAGGUCAUGGCAAGACCGAAACUCCACCGCAGCUGAAACUAGAGACCGAUAGAGAAGUGUAUCGACCCGGUGAUCUAGUUACCAUCACAGUGGAAAUUAAGAACCCGACCGAAUCGUUUUCGCUCCUAGUCGAGAAAUUGAGCUUCGAAAUCAAAGGGAUCGAGAAAUUGGAUACUAAUUGGUUCAACAUUCCAAAGCCUCCGCCGGAAUCUAAGCAACGAAGAGGGGAAUAUGUAUUCAUGGACUGGUCCACACCCACAAUUGUUUCAAAUCAAAUCAUUGCACCGGGAGUUACUAAGAGAUAUGUUGUACGUACACUUCUUCCAAGCAUUAUACCGCCGUCCUAUAGAGGGGCUACUAUCCGGUACAUGUACUAUGCAAGAAGCACAAUAUCUGGGAAAUACUUGAUAUUGAGGAAUGGACAUUCUCAUCGCGAGUUAGUAGAAGACCUCCCUGAUCUGGAAGUCCGAAUACCAUUGCAGAUAUGGGUAACUCAGAAAACCAAUGGAUUAAUAAGUGAAGAAAGUGAAACUGAUGGCAUUGUUCCUGCAACCUCGGUUUGGUUGGAUGUGUACUGGAAAGAGUUGGAGGGAGAUUCUGAAUGGACUAAGGCCAAUGAAAGUUUUGAUGGAGUUGAGGAAGGUUAUGAAAGCUCAAAAGAUGAUAUGCUAUCUGUUUCUUCCUAUAACCCUGGGAAAGAAGACAUACAUCGAGCUUUUGGGAGUUCAUUAUCUUUGCAGUCAUCUUUGGCAAGGUCUUCUAGUAAGGACUUAUCAUUUUUUGAAGCCCGUGCUAGCAUAUCCUCAAAUCCAGCUUUGCCAGGUUUAGUGUUGCCUCGUCUAGCUGUUGCUGAUCCUCUGAGUGAAUCUUAUGAUGGACCUUUGUCAUCUGGUAAAUCUGAAGAUGCUGCAUCAAGAAUUCAGCAGCUAACACAUUCAAGAUCCCUUUCAAUAGAUGAUGAGACACGGAUGCCAUCUGUCCCUGGAACUGUUGAAUCUGGGGCAUCAGAAGGGUUUGUUCGAGGAAGAUCUUACAAUAUCAGAUUGGAUGACCAGGUUCUGCUGAGAUUUUCUCCGAAGAACUCUGACUCGACCUAUUACUUUAGUGAUAUGAUAGGUGGAACGCUAACUUUCUUUCAUGAGGAAGGAACCAGAAGAUGCCUUGAGCUUUCGGUCUCACUGGAGAUGACGGAAACAAUAAGCAGGCGUUUUGUCCACCCUUCUAGGAAACUUUCUCCAACUAUUACAAAGGUUCAUAGUGAUCAUCACGAAGUUGUUGCAGAUUUGUUGCAGACCAGCUUUUUGUUUUCCGUUCCUAUGGAUGGGCCUAUGUCUUUUUCUACUCGCUAUGUUUCAGUGCAGUGGGCUUUGAGAUUCGAAUUUCUCACCACGCCGAAGAAUGUAGACUGGACCAGAUUUGAGCAUCCUCUUCUAAUUGAAGGACGAGAUAAAUGUGAGUGGCUCCUCCCAAUAACGGUCCACGCACCUCCCCUUGGUGCUGCUGCUCAGAUCCGGAAUGGGAAGCCAUUUUCUCUGGAACCACUAUGGGUUCACACGUGAAGGUAAAUAUAGCUCAGGGGCAGUGAAGGACCCAGCCUCCAACUCCAGCAGGAGCUAAUCUGUAGCCUGGACUGUUGAUUCUUGAUUGUACGGAAGGAACAAUAAAUAUAUUAAAUGAGAUUCAAAAGUAAUUGCAAAAUGUGAAUUGUAUUAGCGAACUUGUUUUGCCGCUUCCAUAGGUGUUGUGAAGCUACCCGCAUUCGACCAUUUCCUCCUGUAUUCCUAGACUUUUUCCCUUUUUCCUUGGAACAACUUUUUCUGGAACUGGAAAUCCUGCGUUACAUUUCUCCAAACUUCCAUUACAUCUCGGUUCAGAUCGUUCCAGCUUUUGUCAUUCUUUGUAUCCCCUGGAGUCUUUAUACAGAGACUAGAGACAGAGAUAUGGCGUCGUUAUCGGGUCCUUAUUCAACCAAUGCACAAACUUUUCCAAGAAACCACUUGCAAUGCCACGAUGGAAGCUAAAGCCUAGUGGAGAAAUUCUCCAGUUUUUUUAGUAUCAUGACAAUGCCUAAAUAGAUGGUCUCCAUUCUCUUCUACUCGACAUCUAGGGCACUCCGCAGAAAUUUGGACUCCCCUUUUCCUCAGCUCUUGGAGUCAGUUGUGCACCUUGUAUUGCUUUCCACUCUAAUAUCUAGAUUUUAGGUUUUCGACAAUCGUUUUCCAGGCCUUUUUGUAUAAUCCCUCCGGUCCUUAUUAUAAGCCAUUUUGAUUUUUUCUAGUUUUCACUUAGUAUACAUUUUUAAUUGACAGUUUUUUUGUUAAUUAAAAAUAUGUAUUAGGUUAAACCUAUGACAAAUUAAAAUGCCUUAUAUUAAAGAUCGGACGGAGUAUAUUACAGCUUAACGUUCAUCAUGAUAAUGUAAUACCUCAAAGAUGAACAACCGUAAUCGGACAUAUCCUUACUAGAUUAGCCAAAAAGUGGAGAAAUGAUUAAUUUCUUUAGUGACAUUAGAUCUUGAAUCGUCUAUAAGCAGAG